CGUUUUUUCUAUUAGUCCACUACGUCUCCUGGAUUCUCCCCAAUUUACAGCCCUAAAUUUCAACUGUUUCAAACAUAAUUGAAAAGUUUUCGCAGGAAAAAAAUGUAUCAGCCUCUGUUUUGUAUGGUAUUCGCCGAAAUGUUUGUGAUUCUGCUGCUUCUGUUCAGAACGCCUCUGCGGAAGCCACUUCUCCUUUUGAUGGACAGGGCGAAGCGCGGCCGAGGCCCGGUGGUGGUCUCUACCGCCGGAGGGACUCUCUUUGUGAUUCUGGUGUCCAUUUUGUAUAGUAUAAUCGACACUCAGAAGCGAUCAACGGAUGGGACCCCGCUUAAUCCCACGGAUCAACUUAUCCUCGCCUACCAUCUUCUUGAAGCAUCACUUUUAGGUGUUUCCCUAUUUCUGGGAUUGAUGAUUGACAGGCUUCAUUAUUACAUAAAAGAACUCCGUUUACUUAGGAAGCAUGUAGAGGCAGUAAAGAAGUUCGAUCAGAGGAACGAUGAAGCGAAAAACAAGGGAAAGUCUAAGACUAAAGUUGCGGAGGUAGAGGAAGAGGACGAGGAUUAAAAAUCAAGACGAAUGCUAGGUAAAAUAAAAAUAAAUGUUGUUAAGGAAAACAAAUCUAAUGAAGAUUUACUGAUAUUUAUAUAUUCGGGUUCAGUUCAAUCUAAUAGAGUGCUGAGUUCCUUCUCUUGUUAGUGCAAUAAUAAAUUAUGUUACAGUUUGUAAUCUUCUGCUGAACAUAAGAUGUGCCUACUUUUUAAUCAUUUAUGGAGUUUUCUAUUGUUCUAUUAGAUCAUUUUCAUUUCCUCUUUCAAAUAUGUGGAAGGAGAUGGAUUAUUG